AUGCAAUGUAUUGGACGCCUUUUCAAUCGUGAUUGGUUGUUGCCUAUUCGGGCCCUUUCUCUACGACUUAUUCUGCGUAGUUGCGAUCGGGAAGAGUGUUGGCGCGUGCAGUACUGGCCGAGUCCUGGUGGAUGGACGGUCAACGGCCAGCCGAUUAAAGAGCGAGACUCGAUUGAACUGCUUUUUGAAGGUCGCCGCUACUUUUUAGUUCUAUUCAAGCCAUCACUGGCUUAUCUCCAGGGAAUUGAAGUGGUGGCUCGGAUUAUCCAGCAUAGUCCCAACCAGGAAAUUACCGGUCGAGUCUUACUGCGCCGUUUGAAAAGAGAAGAUAAACUAAGCCAAACUCCAGAUUACUAUUUGCAGAUUUUGAAAGAGUCUAAAUGUUUUAUCAAAAUCAAAACAGAAGAUACCCUGGGUAACCGUCAAACAAUUUGGCGCCUGAAUUCCGACCAGAUCAAAAACUUUGUCCAUGUGAAAUUGGCCCGACAAACGAUUCUGAUCGAAAGUACUGGCCAGCGCGAAUCAAUUAGUCUUUUCUAUACUGAUUAUCCUGACAUUAAUCAAAAAGCAAAUAAUCAAAAAGCAAAUGUUGAAAUAGGAAUUACCCAAAAAGGAAAUACUAAAAAAGGAAGUGAUCAAAAUGACGUCACUAUCAGUGAUAUUGACAAAAUUUUAUUUUGA